AGCUGUGCAGCGCCUGUCAGCGAUCCAAGAUGGUGGCCAAAGAAGUUAAUUUGUAAACAUGCAUAUAUCGUACAGAAUUCUCCGUGACUGCGAAGGGCUUCUGAAAAAAUUUACUUUUUAACAAAGUGUAAUGGUGAAGGAGAAACCUAAUUCUGUAAGGUGUUACGACAAAGAUGGUUUUCGUCAAAGAGCAGCUUGUCUUUGCUUUAAAAAUGCGCAAGAAAGCGAGCUGCUCCUUGUAAGCGGUAGUCGUCGUCCAGACAUGUGGGUCGUUCCUGGAGGAGGUUUAGAACCUGCAGAAGCUGCAUAUCAAGCUGCUCGAAGAGAGGUGAUGGAGGAAGCCGGUGCUAGAGGACGAAUAGAUCGCUCUCUAGGAAUAUUUGAAAAUGUUGAUAAGAAAACAAGGACAGUUGUUUACGUCAUGCACGUUAGUGAGUUGAUUGAAGACUGGGCGGACAGGGUUGAACUGGGGAGGCGAAGACAGUGGUUCAGCCUUAGCGAGGCACGUAAACAUCUUGCAAAACACAAACCUGUGCAAUGUUCCUACGUCGAUCUUCUACCUUGA